AAUGCUUUCAGAAAGCAGUUCAUUUUUGAAGGGUGUGAUGCUUGGAAGCAUCUUCUGUGCCUUGAUCACUAUGCUAGGCCACAUUAGGAUUGGUCACGGAAACAGAACACACCACCAUGAGCAUCACCACCUGCAAGCUCCUAACAAGGACGAUAUCUCGAAAAUCUCAGAGUCUGAACGCAUGGAGCUCAGUAAGAGCUUCCGGGUAUACUGUAUUGUUCUCGUAAAACCCAAAGAUGUGAGUCUUUGGGCUGCAGUGAAGGAGACUUGGACCAAACACUGUGACAAAGCAGAGUUCUUCAGUUCUGAAAAUGUUAAAGUGUUUGAGUCAGUUAAUGUGGACACGAAUGACAUGUGGUUGAUGAUGAGGAAAGCUUACAAAUACGCCUUUGAUAAAUACAGAGACCAAUACAAUUGGUUUUUCCUUGCACGCCCCUCUACUUUUGCUGUUAUUGAAAAUCUAAAAUAUUUUUUGUUAAAAAAGGAUCCAUCACAACCUUUCUAUUUAGGACACUCUGUAAAAUCUGGAGACCUUGAUUAUGUGAGUGUAGAUGGAGGAAUUGUCUUAAGCAUAGAAUCAAUGAAAAGACUCAACAGCCUUCUUAGUGUUCCUGAAAAGUGUCCUGAACAAGGAGGGAUGAUUUGGAAGCUAUCUGAAGAUAAGCAGCUAGCAAUCUGCCUGAAAUAUGCCGGAGUAUUUGCAGAAAAUGCGGAAGACGCCUAUGGAAAAGAUGUAUUUAACACCAAAUCUGUUGGGCUUUUCAUUAAAGAGGCAAUGACUAACCACCCAAACCAGGUAGUAGAAGGAUGCUGUUCUGAUAUGGCUGUUACUUUUAACGGACUGUCCCCUAAUCAGAUGCAUGUGAUGAUGUAUGGGGUGUACCGCCUUAGGGCAUUUGGACAUGUUUUCAACGACGCCUUGGUUUUCUUACCUCCAAAUGGGUCUGAGAAUGACUGACAAAAAGCAAGAGCAUGUAUUUGCUAAGCACAUUAAGACACAUUACCAUGGUUUCUAACUGAUAUGGCAUCUAACACAGAAGCGUGUUUCUUUUUCUUAUCUGGUCACGCUGGCAUAAUCACACAUUGACGUCUACUUGUACAUUUUCAAUGGAAUGGCAUUUGUGAGAAAUUUUAAUGUGUUAGAAUUA